GUCAAGACCUCCCAGAAGCGGAUCCUGGAGGAGUUCCAGAUGAUGAACCUCUGCGUCGACCUGGCCGGCCGCCCUCCUGCGCUUGCCCAGCAGCGCUUCCUGCCGUGGGUCCCCCUGGAGCACAAGAACCGUAGGUCUCGGCUGAACGGUGUGUUCAAGAACCUGCUGAAGGAAGUGGACACAGCCACGAACAUCGAUGGCAUCGACCUUUGGUUCGAGAAGGCCUGCCGAGUGUCCACAGACUUCAACUUCAGCAAAACCGCGAGCCCGAUCGACGAGAUCUCGGACGAGCCGCGCCACGAGUGCGAGAGGGUCCUGCUGUCCAAGCAGCUGGUCACCAUCUUCCCGAGCUUUACCGAGCGCGCAGUCAUAAGCUUCAAGAGGCUCCAGGAGCAUCUGGACAAGCUGAUGCUCAACCCGACGGACAAGAAAAUUUACAAUGGCAUGGAGAGCAUAGUGCGCAGGUUCAUCGAGAGUUUCAGGGAUGUCCAGGACUUGGACAACGACUUCCUCACCGCCUUUGCCUACAAGGAUGACGGCUCCCUGUCUGGUGACCUGUGGGCCUCGCUGAAAGACUCCAGCGCGACGAUCGUUGCGAGCCUACAAGAGCGCAGCUCGUCCCGUCGAGACUGGAUCACGGAGAGCAUCCGGGACAAGGCGUUGCUCCAGCAUGGCCGCCGCAUACGGGUGCGCGACCCCGAGCCGCCGAAGCCCGAGAUCCCCGCGAACUCGGAGAGCUGCGUGUGCAGAGAUGAUUGGACCGCGUGGGUCUGGUACACCUUCCCUGUGCGCAGGAGAUUCACGGGCUGCGCUACGUUCCCAGCGGACGGCGGCAAGAUCAAGAUCAGCAGCGACUUCGACACUUCUGGGUGGAAAGGGUUCUGCCGCACCAAGCUGAAGAGGAACAGCCCGGCGCGCUGCGCCGACAAGUGGGCCCCGUGCGACCCGAACGUGACGGUGGACACCCGCCCGGAGUUCAGGAUAUGGCGCAGAGACCAUGCGAAGGGAGUCGUCACGCUUCCGCUCGUGCAGACGGACCUCUACAUGAGCUUCGACAUCCGCAGCUCCCGUGCUGACUUCUGCACGCCCAAUUUCGCGCCGCUCCUCAUCAAGAAAACCAAGCAGUGGUCCAGCGCGUCAUGGGUCCCGUGGGAGCUGCGCAAGGUGGACUGCUAUGGUGCCCGGAUCCACCCGCCCGGCAUCUCGCUGCUGGUCAUGCGCUGCGAGCACGGGGUCAUCGGGGACAGGGUGUUCCAUCCCACCCGCAACGGCAACGGCUCUCGGGGGCAGCUGGCCAACCUAAUCAAAGAACAGAGCUCCGCCCUCGGGGAGGAUUGCUCCUCGCUGGGCAACGUGCCCAUGAUGGUGGCGUCGAACAGGCACCGCGGCGGCAGCUCGAACUCCGCCAUGCGGAGCACCUGGUGGGCUGCCUGCAGCAGCCGCCUCGGGAGCCACCCCGCGGCCCACCGCCGCAGCGGCAGCCGCCUGCGCGUCACGCAGCGCGCGGGCAGCUUCAGCACGAACUCGAUCUUCUUCAGCGCGUACUACUCGUCCAACGGAGGGCGCUUCUGGGCGACCGCGCGGGAGUCCGCCAGCGGUCCACUGGGGGCCGCCUACCGGGCCCCGCAGAUCCUCACGAUACAGUGGGGCCCCCUGGCUGGCGAGACGGCUGGAUACUGCGUCAAGCGGCUCCAGCUCAAGGCUGGGGACAGUUUCGACAGCGGGUGGCACGCCUUCCGCGCGGCGCAGGUCGCCGGCAGCCGUCGCCCCGCCUGUGACCCUGGGAGGCGGCCUGGCGUCGACUGUCUGGUCUCUCUCCGGGAGCUCGCCGCCCGCGGACACGACGUGGUGGAGUGGGCCGACAAACAGCGCCUGACACUGGCACAGCACCCCCGCGGGGGGCGGCUGCAGGCACCGCAGCGGGUGCGGCGGCGCGCAAUAGACCUGGACACGCCGCGGCAACAAGUGCAUCUCCGAGGUUGCCGCGCCUAUCAGGUCGCUCGCUGCGGAGGGUCCACCCUGGCCCUUCGCAGCUUCCUCGUCGCCAAGUUUGGUCACGCAGUAGCCGGGGAUGUCAACGGCAAUGCGGCGCGUAUUGACGCGCUCAAACUCGAGAAUGAGUUUUUCAAAGCCUACGGGGAUGAGAUUCAGUUGCUUGAGACCGAACAGAAGGCGAUUAGGGCUGACAUUGCAGCCAACAAGGGGUCGCCCGUGGCCCAGCCGGAGGACGCGCCCGCGCCCCUGCUCGAGGCCGCGCCCAGGGCCCAGCCCGCGGCGGCGCAGCCGGCCGACGGCCGCGGCUCAGACUCCAGCUCCAGCGGCGGCAGCGACAGCGAGGGCGACGCUGCUGCCGACGAGCCCGACGCCGAGUCGGACGCCGACUGGGUCAAGGAGGAGGAGAACGAGCAGGCGCGAAGCCACGUCUUCCUGGUGACCUACUCCGCCCUGCUCAACGCGCCCGAGGACGCGGGCAUGGCGAACCCAGCCGACAUGGACGACAGGGAGUUCUUCCGGAAGGCGCUCCUAGACGCGGUGGCCAACCUCGCCCCCGCCGCCGGCAGCCAGGGGGGGCGCCCGCGGACCAGGGCGUUGGAGGUCAACUUCCUGCUCACCGUCCAGGAGAAGCACCAGGACGGGAAGGUGCACUACCACCAGGCAGUGAAACUGUCGCACGAGACUCGCUUCCUGCCAAUAAAGACUGCGCUUCGGCAGCGGUCGAAGCUCGCCUCUCACUGGAGCACCUCGCACACCGAGCUCUGGAGCGCCGUGCGCUACCUGACGCGCACCAGUGACAGGGAGAAGUCGGUCGACCGCAGCCCCGACGUCUGGGCGAAAGGCGGCUCGGCGCCCAACCUCUACGAGAUGGGCAACGAGGGCUGGGGUGCGAAGAUGCACAAGCGCAGGCGGGAGCAGGCGGCGAUGGCGGCGGGCGACCAGGUCCUUGAACGCAGCGCAAAGAAGUCGAAGGAGAUCUUCGGGAAGCUGGACUUGUACGCCCUUGUCGUGACCGACAAGUUGCUGACGCCUCGCAAGGUGAUGACGCACGCGCAGAAGAAGGGCUCCCUGGCCAUGCAGAACUACGUCGCCCGCAACCAGCGGAAGUUGGCCGAGCUAAUCGAGGAAGCUCUGGAAUGGGAGGGGGCGUCGGAGAGGGCCGAGGAGGACGACGAGAGCGACUGGGGCCUCAUCCUGCGGAAGGCUGCGUGCACGUGCGCUUGCGGCGAGGCGGGCUGCGAGUGGUGGGCGGCAGCCGUGGCCUUCUUCGACAGGAACCCGGGGGUCGACAGGGACUACUUGGCGGCGUGCUUGGUGAAGAUCAUCAAGGAAGGCCCGAGCAAGACGGCGCGCGUGCCUCUCAUCGUUGGGCCGCGCAACGCCGGCAAGAGCACGGUCUUGGAGCCGGUGCUGACUCUCUUUGGGGAGGGCGGCGUUUUCACGAAGCCCAAAUUGGGCGCCUUCUGCCCCCUGGCCAAGCUGGUCGGCCCACAGCGUCGGUUCAUUUUCUUUGACGACUACAGGCCUGUGGAGUACGCUUCCAUGCCAGAGAGAAGCCCCACAGUACCAGUCACGGACUUCCUGGCGAUGUUUUGUGGCCAGAAGUUUCAAGUCCAAGUCAGCCAAUGCUUCAACAACGGCCAGCCGGACACGAUCUGGAAGCGCGGGGCUGCCAUGACUGCGAAAAAGAAGGGCUUGUGGAUGCCGAGCGACGUUGUGCCGCAGGAGGAAAUCCGCCACAUGCAGGCCAGAGUCGUCCAAUUUGAGGCGAAGGGCAAGCUGAAGGAGGCUGAUUUCAGGACCGUGCCUAAGUGCUCGGAGAGUUUUGCGCGGUGGCUGGUCACGGGUUCUACGCAGUAUGGGAACAGGCUCCCGCGGCAGCCAACAGCCAGCGAGGAGGCGCAGCCGCGCAGGGGUUUCCCCGGAGUCCUCACUGGCACCACCAACUGGGCCAACUCCGCAUCGGGCUUCGGCUACAUGAACACCGCGAGUGCGAUGCAGUCCGCCCCCUCGUUCUGGUUCGCGGUGAUCGCCGAGGUGCUCGGCGUGUUCCAGACCACAAAGGCGCUGAGCGACGCAUCCGCCUCCUCGUCGAGUGAACGCGUCACGGAUGCGGCGACAAAAGUUGGAGCAAUGGGAACCCUGUCGCUGGUGGCGGCGGGCUUCUGGAGUGUGCUGCAGAAGUGGGGCUGCGUCCCGCUGGCAUGGGGCAUCAGCAUCGGCACCAGUGCAGUGGCCAAAUAUUUGGCAGAUGUCGUUCCAAUUACCCUCAGUGGUUUUCGCAAUGAGCAUGACGUCAUUCUUGCUCUACAGUGGACUUACAUGAGUACGAAGACCGUCCGCGAAGCCACCGACCUCAUCCGGGAGUUGAGCAAGGAGCAGUUGGAGCACGCCAUGGUCGUGGGCGAGCGGGUGGUGCCAUUUUCCCAGUACUGGAAGGAGUACCAGCAGCUGGUCGGAAAUUCGCCUGACCACAUCAGGCACCUCUCUCACAAUAUGCUCCAGGUAGUGGUCAAGAAGUGGAUCGAUGAGGUUACCCGCGCAAAGGGCACGAACGCGCUCGGGACGUGCACGGAGCGGAUGUUCGAGUCGUGCGAGAUACGGCCGCGUUGGUACAAGGUGAACAAGAACUCGAAGGUAAAAGUGCAUGCCUUCUACGGCACGAGCUAUGAGAAGUGGCUCGACGAAAAGAAGGAACACGCCUCAAGAUACUUUAUUCCUCAUCAGCGCCGGCGCUGGGUGGUUCCGAGAAAUCUUGGAUCAGGCGGAGGAGGACCAUUUCUACCCGGAGGACUACAUCAAGAGGGGAGCUUUGGAGUUGUACUACGAGACCAUCGACAACCGCGGCCACCCGCGCAGGCAAAUGACGCCUACUCAGUUCGACCAGCUCCUCAAGGCGUCCAGCAAGAAGGACCUCCAGUGCUGGGCGACGGUCGCUCGUUACGAAAUACCCGACAUACUGAAGAAAGUGCAGCAAACUUUCAUGGACCAGAAGGGCGUUUCCUCGAAGGACAAUGGGGGACGACGUUGUUCCAGCCGGCUACUUCGCCAGGGAGUAUAUGGCGAAAUUCUAUCAGGAUACUUGGGCGAAGUACGUUCACGGUAAGAACAGAACGAAGCUAG